CUUUCAUAUUUAUUUCAAACACAUAUGUCACAUCAUUAUACACAGUUUGCCUGGCCAAUGCCCUGACUUCUCUGUCAGGACAAACUACAGUAUGAUGAUAAACCACUAAUACAAAAUGGCCAGAGGAGUGUUUUAAAUGGAGAUGAAAAACACAAGAAGCUGCUGCUCUGAAGUACCAGUAUCACAGCUGGUUUUUGUUGGAAAGCUUGACCUCUGCAAGACAGGAAUCAGCAGAAUUCAGAAAGUAUAGUACAGUUCCCUCAGCUUUUCAAACCCAACAGUGACUCUCUGCACUUGCAGUCUGUAGCCGAUCCAUUUUCCCCUAAUUUUGUUUCUGUUGGCCUUAGAAUCACAGAAUCAUCCAGGUUGGAAGAGACCUCCAAGAUCACCUAGUCCAGCCUCUGACCUAAGACUAACAAGUCCUCCAUAUGAGUGUCUUUUCCUGUUCUUACACUUCUCUGACUACUGCAUUAGUUUUGAUUCCAUCUUCCUCUUAGGAGUCUUGCUUUCUCACCUGAUCCUGGCUGUCACAUAUGCCAUUUUGUAAAUUUGUUCAAUGUUUUAUGUGAAGGCAAACAGAUGUAAGCAUAGCUUUAUACAAUUUACCAUUGAGGUGAGGCUGCACAUUUUGAUUUUCCACUAUACCUCCAUACGUUCUAUAAGCUUAUGAUUCAUACCUAUACAUACCACAGGAAUUACGUAUGUGGUGCUGGGGUGAUAAUGCACCAUAAUAUUCUGUCUAGACGUUAAUAAUAUCUUUAUAAAGUUAGGCUGUCACUGUCCCCUGAUGACUCCCAAUAUACAUUGUACUGCUGCAUUAUAUUUAACUGUUUUUCAUCUCAGACCUCAAUUUCUUCCAUCUUCAUUUCUGAUUAACGUGUAUCCUGUGGAACAUUAAACAACAUGAAGAAAACACUGCGACCAUUCUUUCUUCUUUAGAGGCAGUGGGAGUGAAAUUGGAAGCUGCAAAGUAGUUCUUGUGACAAGCGUCACUGCAUUUCUGAUGAAACUCUUAAAUUUUAUGCAUAAACCUGUCCAACAGUAGGGAUCCUUCAGUAGUCCAACGUGCAUCCACGACAAGGGUGCUGAAACAUGCAAGCAGCACCCAGCAAGCCCAGAGGGUGCACCCAGCCUUCACCUCAGGAUUUUUAGCUUGCUUUCCUGGGUGAUUUGUACACCACAAGCUGCUGCUUCUCCAGAGGAGUUCUGCUAGAGCAUUUACGAGUCCUGCUGUCACCCCGCUUUACACAACCCUAAACCUCCUCGGACACCCAAAACACCCGACACCACCAUCAGCCGCGGUACCCGACCCUGGUGCCGGACCAGCCCUGCGGCACCUGACGGGGCGUUAAGGAAACACCGCAGUUUGCUCCGGUCAGAGCCCAGACACGGCCUGAGCCCCCUUCCCCGGGCAACCUCGGCGCUGUCAGCGCGAUGCUCUGCCCCUGCCCGCUUCCCCUCCCCACCGAACGCCAUGGCGGCGGCCGCUGAGGGGAGGGAGAAGAAGGGCGCGCGGGGGGCACUGGGAGAAGGAGGGGAGCCGCCAUGUUGGGCGGGUCGGUGGGCCGUGCCGUGCCGAGCCGUGCCGGUGGGCGGUGUGGGGCGGUGUAGGGCGGGGGCAGCACCAGGAGCCGGGGCGGCGGCUGCCAGCAGCUGUCAGCGCCCGCUCCUCAGGGGCCGGGGCCCCUCGCCGAGCGCUCUGCGGCCGCCGCUGCCGGGCUUGUCAGCUCCUCACGGGAAGCACCGAAGGCGCCGCGGCGCCCACCCUCUCCCUCACCCCUCCUCGCCCUGCAAAACCCUUUUCCUUCCGCCCGCCCAUCGCUGACAUCCUCCUCCGGUCGCCUCCUUUCCUUUCCCCCCCCACCCCUUCCCCUUCCCCAGCCCAGCCCCGGGCUGCGCGGCCCCCGCCGCCCCUGCGAGCGCUGCGCACAUCGCCCGAGCCUGCAGCACCGAGCGAAUGUAUGAAAACAUGUCCACAAUGGUGUAUCUAAAGGAAGAGAAGUUGGAGAAGCUUACUCAAGAUGAAAUCAUUGCCAAAACUAAGCAAGUGAUUAAUGGACUAGAGGCACUGAAGAAUGAACACAAUUCAAUUUUACAGAGCUUACUUGAAACACUGAAAUGUUUGAAGAAAGAUGAUGAAACUAAUCUGGUUGAAGAAAAAUCAAACAUGAUUCGAAAGUCACUGGAGAUGCUGGAACUUGGCCUUAGUGAAGCACAGGUAAUGAUGGCCUUGUCAAAUCACUUAAAUGCAGUGGAAUCGGAGAAGCAGAAACUGCGUGCUCAGGUUCGCCGACUGUGCCAGGAAAAUCAGUGGCUACGGGAUGAACUAGCCAAUACACAACAGAAACUACAGAAAAGCGAGCAAUCUGUGGCCCAACUGGAGGAAGAAAAGAAACACCUAGAAUUCAUGAAUCAAUUAAAAAAAUAUGACGAUGAUAUUUCACCAUCAGAGGAUAAAGAUACAGAUUCCACCAAAGAGCCUUUGGAUGAUUUAUUUCCCAAUGAUGAAGAUGACCAAGGUCAAGGAAUUCAACAGCAGCAUAGCAGUGCAGCAGCUGCUGCCCAACAAGGUGGAUAUGAAAUUCCAGCAAGAUUAAGGACCCUUCAUAAUCUUGUUAUUCAGUACGCAUCCCAAGGUAGAUAUGAGGUUGCUGUACCUCUUUGUAAACAAGCUCUUGAAGAUCUGGAGAAGACUUCAGGUCAUGAUCAUCCCGAUGUUGCCACUAUGUUGAACAUACUUGCUUUGGUGUACAGAGACCAAAACAAGUACAAAGAUGCAGCAAAUCUCCUGAAUGACGCCUUGGCUAUCCGUGAAAAGACUUUGGGCAAAGAUCAUCCAGCGGUGGCAGCAACUCUAAACAAUCUUGCAGUACUUUAUGGUAAACGUGGAAAAUAUAAAGAAGCUGAACCUUUGUGUAAGAGAGCUCUGGAAAUCAGAGAAAAGGUCCUGGGGAAAGAUCACCCUGAUGUUGCCAAACAGUUAAAUAACUUGGCUUUACUAUGCCAGAACCAGGGUAAAUAUGAGGAGGUAGAAUACUACUAUCAGAGGGCACUGGAGAUUUACCAAACUAAGCUGGGACCAGAUGAUCCAAAUGUUGCAAAAACAAAGAAUAACCUGGCAUCCUGUUACCUAAAACAAGGCAAAUUUAAGCAAGCGGAAACUUUAUACAAAGAGAUUCUUACUCGUGCUCAUGAACGGGAAUUUGGCUCUGUAGAUGAUGAAAAUAAGCCUAUUUGGAUGCAUGCAGAAGAGAGGGAAGAAUGCAAAGGAAAACAAAAAGAUGGUACAUCUUUUGGAGAAUAUGGUGGCUGGUACAAAGCUUGCAAAGUGGAUAGUCCAACAGUAACAACUACCUUAAAGAACCUUGGGGCACUUUACAGACGGCAAGGCAAAUUUGAAGCUGCUGAAACAUUAGAAGAGGCAGCAAUGAGAUCUCGUAAACAGGGUCUUGACAAUGUUCAUAAACAGAGAGUUGCUGAAGUGCUGAAUGACCCUGAGAGCACAGAAAAAAGACGAAGCCGAGAAAGCCUCAAUGUUGAUGUGGUAAAAUACGAGAGUGGGCCUGAUGGAGGCGAGGAAGUGAGUAUGAGCGUAGAAUGGAAUGGGGAUGGCACUGGAUCUUUAAAACGCAGUGGUUCCUUUAGCAAACUUCGUGCUUCCAUUAGACGCAGCAGUGAGAAGCUGGUUAGAAAGCUGAAGGGAGGAAGUUCACGAGACAGUGAACCAAAGAAUCCAGGCAUGAAGCGUGCCAGUUCUCUGAAUGUUCUUAACAUGGGUGGCAAGGCUACUGAAGAUCAUUUUCAAGAACGAAAUAAUUGUCUGACAGACUCGAGAGCUCUGAGUGUCAGUCAUACUGAUUUGGCGCAUUGAGAUUCUUGGACAGAAGCUAGCUAAUACUUUGUGAAUAAAGAAGCACUGAGACCUUCAAAGCUUUGGUUCCUCAUCAUUAUGUAUAGGAACACCUAGUUUGCAUAUUUUUAUUUUUGUUUUUCAGUGGACUGCUGUUUUUACUUCUCUAAAUAGGGACAAUUUUAAACACAGCAUUAGUGGGUAUUUUCUUCUAAAGGAAAACUAUAUAGGUGUAUAUUGCUCAUUGCACUGCUCCCAUUCAUGCUACUUAUGUUUUCUUUAAUAGGUCUGAGAAUUACAGCAGCCAAAAAAUUGUAAAAAUACGAACAUAUUUAAAGCAUACCAAAAUGCAAAGGUGUUUGAAAAUGCGAGCAAAACGAAAUGUAUAGCAAUAAAUAUAUACAGUGCUGGAGAAAAGGAUAAAUUAUUUGCGUUACCAUGUAAGUUCAAAUUGAGCACACUGCAUUGGCGGGGAUUUCUAUUGCACCACUGAUUAUUUUGAUGUUAAAAACCUUAGCUGGCAAAAUGGCACUUAGACUUGGCUUACUUAACCACUAGAUUGAGCUGUUAAAUUCUGUAAGAGACAGUUGGGGUUACAUUAUAUAGAGAUAGCAUGAAUAGCAAUACCUGUGACCAUAACUUCGAUACUUGUUGAUGUAGGUCUUAGGGCACAAUAAUCAAUGGAGAUAGGUCAGUUCACGUUGAUCAGAACAAACGGAAAAUGUUUUGACCUUUAUCUUGUAUGGUUGAAGGAUACGGAAGUGCUGGACUGUAGCUGUCCCAGAGCAGCUGCUGUUGCUCUUAGGGAAACACCAAGCCUCAGGUUGACUUUCUUGCUUGUCCACUGGAAUUCACAGCCCCAUUCUCUGUACGCUGAAAGCGCUCCAACAUUUCCUUACGCUGAUCCCAAAUCCUGCCGUUCUCUGUAAUAGCUGAUGACAGCAGAAGCAGGCAACUGCACGCUGGGCUGUUACAAGGUGGAGUAGCUGCUGUGCAAAGGACCACUCAGAUCUUAAGGGCCCCAGAGGAAGCACUAGAUGGCCAUCAGCGGCAAGCAACUUGUUUGACCACACAUCCAUGUUAAAUCUACUUACGGUUAAUAUAUAUGCUGUCUGUAUAAAGGACUGCUGCUGGAACUAAGUAUGUAUGUUUUAAGUAUUUUAUAGACACUAGUAUUUCCUUUUGCUUUUCUGUAAAGCUUGUAAUUUUGUUCAUCUUUUGUAAAAAGUCAUAUUCAUGUGAAGUGGAUGAGAAAGUAAAACAAGUGUAAAAAUGUAUUUGUGGUCAUAGUUGUAAGUUGGAAAAUGCAGAACAAAAUUAACUUUGGGAAAAGCUGGAAUAUUCAUUCAAGGUUAGCACCAAGUGAAGGAGAAGUUUUAGAGUUUGAACAGGCUGUGAAGAGUCAUUAGAAUUAGUACUUCUUAGAAGUAUUUGACUGGUUUUGCAUCUGGUUUUAAGUUGUUACAGUAACUGGUGCAAAAAGUUGUAUAUGUAAUGCACUUGACUAUGUUUACCAGGAGGUACCUUAUUAGCAUCUCUUCAAAGAAAGUUGCAUAUGGUAUACCUGCUAUAAAGACAGUUUAGAAAUGGUGAGAUACGAUGCUGCUAAUUUGUAGAGGUUUAGCACAGAGCAGUGCAACUCAUUAGUGAUCUUGAGCAAGAACAAGUUGUUGCUCUGUUAUCUUAACAGUAUAUACUCAUACAAAGUAGACUCUUGAGUUUUAAUCUUUUAUUAAAGAGCUUAAUAUAAAAAUAUAUAAUAUAUAUACCUUUUUCCCCCUAAAGCAAAAUGUGUUAUACGUACCCACUGGUGAAUUUGGUUCUCUGCACAAAGCCAGCCUGAGCUGGCUUUCUAGAAGGAACCGUACGUACACCAGGCUGUCAGGCUGCGCGGGGAGACGCCAGAACCGCCGCAGCUGCUGACUGCUCUGGCAGUCUGCAGUAGUGUCACCUGUCCCUUUGGCAGCACCAUGAGAAGCUCUGACCGCACGUAGCCCUGUAUUACGGUCACCUUGGUUCACAGCAGCACGAUGCUGCUGCUAUAGGAGUGGCUCAGCGGGCCUCGUAACACUGUUCUGUAGAGUUAAACACUUCACUUGGAGAGGUUUAUAAAAGUCUCACUUAGCUUUUUUUUUUUUUUUUGAAGAAAAGUGCUUGGACACAACUGAGUUUGGUAAUAAGGAAUGAUUUAAAAAAAUAUAUAUUGAGUAUUUUCAGACACAUUCAUCUUUAAAGGAUUUUUUUUGCAGACUCGGGGGGAAAAAAAGAAAAAAGGAGCUUGUUUAAAUAGAAAUACUUAUAGAAAUACUUAGCCACGGUGAUGGUUAAAUGUGUGUAAAGAUUCUAAAAUGCAAGACCAUACUGAGUGGAUUUUCUCAUUUAGGAUUUCAAACAGCCCUUACUGUUGGUGGCAUUACCAGUACUGUGCUUUUAAGUGUUUUAAACCCUUACAUUUUAAAGUUUGUUGGAAGAUACAUCUGAAUUGUUGAGCUACAGCUUAUUAAACAGUUCUUACAUUUAAAAGAUUUUUUUUUCAGUGAAGAAACUCAAAUUUCAAGAAUUCUCUAAUCCAUAGAUCCCCAAGAAUGAUGGCCAAGUACUUACUAAUAACCUUAUAGCUUAGAGCCACUGUGCUGUUUGCAGUUUGAGAGGAACUUUUAAAGUUCAAAAACAAACUUAAGGUCAACCUUUCUUGUGUUCAAUCACAAACUAACUUCUGUCAUGACCUGGCUUGUGUACAUUGUAAUUUCAGGUGGGCUUCUCACUUUGUCUUCAUGGAAGAUUUUCUUUCUGAAUUUCCGCUGUUUCAGUUGUAGCUAACAGUCUGCAUAAAGUACAAAACCAAAAAACCUGACUGUAUAAUUCAUGGGUGUCUUCAGUGACAAACUAAAUCAACAGAGCUGAUGAAACUGAAAAUUAAAAAUCUUUAAAACUGACAGACAUCUUGUUAGGAAAACUGCAGCCUUGGCAGUACCAUCUUGUUCUUAAUCUGGUCUGGUUUUCUUUGUUCAGAAUUGUAAAGGUGACAUUUCAAAAAGGUUACAAAAACUUCAGAACACUCCAGUUCCUGUAGGUUCUCCUGUUAUCAGUGGUUAGUUCUGAGGUGUAUGGUUGGUGAGUUGCAUGUAGGAAGAAUCACAUGCAGAUUGUUACUGGUACAAAGGUGCCUGUUGCCCUUUAUCUAUCUGGUUGUGCACCAUACUUCAGCAAUAUAGGCAGUACUUGCUCUUGAGUUUUGAUCUUGCUAAACAUUAUUGUAAAAUGUAACUGUUUGAUGAUUCCCUCCUCUUUGAGAGGAGCAACUGAGCUACUGCUGUCAUGUCUGUGCUUGUAGUACAGCACAGAGCAGUUAAACAAUGGAAAAGACAAUGGGGCCCAUUAGAGUUUGUAUCUUUCCUUAAAACGAACCAAACCCCCCAAACCUUCCUGAAUGGUAGUAAAUUAAAAUUUUUUACAUUGAGAAAAUUGCACUUAAAAUGUACUGUUUGAAUCCAGUAAUUUUGAAAAUGGUGUGGUUCUGUUGUAAAUACAUAGUAAUAGAGGUGUGCAGUGCUUCAUCAAAAGCGUGUUUACAGUACUUUGAGGAGUGCAAGUUAGCUUAGUUUUGUUCCAUAGGUCAUGUGUUUUGUCUGAAAGCUGCUAAGAGAAUGGCAUUUUGGUAAUGUCUGCUUGUACUUAGACAAUAAACGUGAUGUGAUACUGUGAAGUCUACAGUUUCCUUGUAGCAACUUUACCUUGUCACCUAGAAAUACUCAUAAAAACAUUGGCUCUUUUUCCUUGUUUUUUUAGUGGUUUGCAAUUGAGGGAGAUUUUGAACAUUUACCUUUGAUUUUCUUUUUUCAAACCUUUCACAAUAGUCUCUGUACACUGAAUAGUCAAGGUCAAUAGUGUUUUGUUUGCUUUUAAAAAGGGGGAAGCUCACAGCAGUAAACCAGAACUGAAAAACAAUGCCACCCCACCUAACUGAGUUUGAAAGACUUGAGUUUUUUGAGAGAAAGCUUACGCCUAUAGGGAAGUUGCAAAACUUGUCUAUACUCUGUGUUUUAGUUAUGGCUGCUUAGAGAACCAUAGUUGAAGCUCAUUUAGUACUUCAGCUACAUCAAAAAGCUCAAAGGUGCUCUAAAGGCUGUGCUGGCACAUGAUAAAGUAAGAGAUUAAAAUUGUAUACAGCAUGGCAUAAGCACGGUCAAGUAGUUUUAAAAGGAGCAAGCCUUAGGCUCCCUAUAUUCACCAGAUUUGCUGGAGUUGCAGUUCAUGGAUGGAAGGCUAUUGGGUUUUUAGUUUUAAUUACGUAGAACCAUAAUACUGUAAUACUCUACACUGUAAGGGACUUCACCCAGAUGAGUUCUAUGCAAUCAGCAAUGGCAUUUUGUUUUCUAGGACAUGAUUUAAACAAAACAAAAACACAAGCAACAAAACCAGGUAACUGUUUUUAAUGUCAAUUUAUCCUUCUUGAGGAAAUUGGUGGUUUUUUGUUUGUUUUUUUAGAUCUGUGGAUUUCAUAUUUGAUUAAAAACUUUAACAUGCUAAGAUUGGCUUUAAGAUGCUGCAUUUUGCUCUCCAUGUGUACUUACAGUUUGUUACAGCUGUGGAAGAAAUCCACUUCAGAGUGCACCUGUUUGUGUUACCCCAUAACAAAUGUUAUUUGUAACAAAUAGUAGUAAUUCACCGUAAUUUCACAAGGAAGCUUGUGACGAGAUUGUUUAAUGUGUUUUACUACAUGUUUUGUUAAUGCAUCAGUUGUGUAAAUUUAUCUUUGCAGAGCACUAAUUAACUUGGUUUUAAUUCUACUUUUCAAAAGCAAUCUGUUUCCAGAACUCUGUGUUUCUUCUGAAAAAGGUUUCUCUAAAUACAUCACAGAGCUGUAGAUUAAUUUGAAGCUGUUUAAAAUUUCUCACGUCAUUUAACAUUUCUUUUCAAAGUGUAGAAAUUGAAAUAUUUGAAAACAGUCUUACAGGGUAAAGAUGAGUGUACUUCUAGAAUGUAAAUCUUUGUAAAAAAUUAGUUCAAUUUUUCCUGUAUAGAAACAAAUCUCAGUUGUGAAAUCCAAAGAUGAAUAAAGCUGUAUAAAGGGAA